AUGUCAAAGUCUGUAAAAAAGCUCGUCGAGGAAGCCAAAGAGCAAGGCUACACUGACAUAGAUCUAUGUGACAAAGGCUUGUCAAAUAUAAAGGAUAUCCCUGGAUUGAGUAAGUUUGGAAGCGUUUCUUGGAUAUAGAACGAUGCGACGGUUUAGUCCGGCCUGGCCAGUCUUCUGUGAAAGCCUUACAUGUAUAUGUUUUUUCUUUAAUUUAUUUCAGCUCAGUUAAGAAGUCUGGUGCGGCUUACGCUAAGUCAUAACAGACUAACAUGUAAGUUUUUAUAGUAGAAGAGUAGAGAAUCAUUAUCUUAGAUGUACAUGUACAUGUAAGAGCAUCUGAGAUUCUCACUUUGGGUGUGAAGAAAUGUGGAAAUUCUCUGCAUACCUAAAAGAGGACUCUUCCGCUCCAAACAUGAGGUCCUGUUUUUGGUAUAAUACAAUUGUCGAAAUUUUGAAAGAUAAUUGGGAAUCCAAUUCUUUUGUGAUUUUUAUAUGGAAGAAGUUAAAACCGACUUAGAGGGAAGGUGAGGUUGUACAUUGUAUAAAAGCUGUAGUUAGUGUUAGCAAUUAUUUGAGGCCAAAAUGCCAUUUUUGUUAACCCCCUCCACAACCUUCAAAUCAAUAAUUAUUUUCAUGUACACACAGUUUGGUAAUAUUUUCAUAUAUUCAUUAUGCACACAUGUUUCGAAGUAUUCAUAUUGACCAUUUGAGUGAAUAAGUACAGUAUGAAAGUGCGGCAUGCAUAAAUACCGGUAGAUAAAUUAAUGUUUGGUGUUGUAUGGAGAUCUUUUACACAGUUUAAAUUUAGCUUUGACCAGUGCCAAAAUGGGGAAAAUGUUUGUUGCACCUAAGAUUUUGAAUGUUUUCUCUCCAGGUUUUUCUCUAAUACUGUAAAUCCUCUAUUAAGCCUGCUCCUCCCCCCCCCCUCCCCCACCACCCCUCUCUAAAAUAAAUGACAUACUGCAGGGUUCUCAAUACAUCUAAGCUGUCACCCAGUGAUCGGUCACUGCCUACUUUGGAAUUUGUAUGUAGCUGCUUACUUUGCAUUCUACCGGUAUUUGCUGUUUUUCCCUUCCUCGUGUACAGCCCUUUUGUUUGUCACAGACGUCUACUUAAGGUUAGGUAUGCCUACUUCAAAUCUUUUUGAGAACUCUGUAGUAUAUUUAUCAAUCACAAUCCCCACUACGUUCAUGUAUUACAGACUGUUGGCUACUGUAAUACAUGCACUUAGUGGGGACUGAUCCAGAAUGGUUUAUUCACCAGCUGGAUAUGUGGAUUUGUUUUUUAUCCUUGAAUGCAUGACCUCCAACCAUUGUACUUAAUCUUUUCCACUUUGAUUCUAGUUCUUUAUGGAGUCAACUGAUACCAUUGUUAUUGCUAAAUUAAAUAAGCCCCCCCCCCUGCCCCCAGCUUUAUUAAUCAUCCCCUCAAAUGUUUUUGAGGCUUGAUAGAGGAUUUACAGCAUUAGAUUAUUUAAUGUAAUCAUAACACAGGGCAACCAAGAUAAGAUCUUUUUUAUUGGUUUCUGAUAAUCUUGAAUUCUAAACAUCCAGGUGGAGGUUGAGCCUGGGCCGAUCUGUGGGCCAGUGUAAAAAUGAAAUGGCUUAAAUCUAGGCUAUUCAAUACAGCUUGGACAUGCACCUGCCUUCUGAAUGUGAGACAUGUUUGUCAGCAUAGACCAAUGCAAAUGUCAUAUUAAACCUUCACCAGAAGAUAAUAGUACACUAUACAUGCGUCUAAUAGUUCACGGCAUACAGUUCUCUUUUAUAAGUUACUUGGCACAUUUGAGUUAAAUUACUUGUCUUGUAUUUCACCUUAGCUCUUCCAGAAUCCAUAGGUGGCCUUGAAAGCCUGGAAUAUCUAAAUGUCUUCAAUAAUCACAUUGAGGUAAAAAUGUUAUUGUUCUCUAUUUCUUUAGUACCACACUCUCACGUAGGUAAUAUAAUGUCUAUUUUUUUCUUUUUUGUUUCUGUAGGAGCUUCCGAUGUCUUUAGGUAAUUUAAAAAAACUGCGACAUUUUAAUGCUGCGUAAGUAUUUCUUAAAUUAUGUUUAUGACUAUGUGUAAGGGUGUGUUAUAUGUACCUACCUUUUGGGAGGGUUCUUUCCUGUAAAAAGUCAGGAUUUUACGAUUUCUAUACACUGCAAAUUUUUGUUAGAGAAGUACUCAUAACUUAUUAUUAUGCAAGCAGGAACAUUAUUCAGAUAUUUAUUGAAAUGUUAUUUUCAUCUUCCUGAGUUUGAUUUUAAAAGUCAAAGGUCCAUAUUAUUUUGAUCUUGGUAACUCGUAACAGUACUCAUCAGACUGACAAACCUCAAACUGACAGUGCCCUCAUUUUACUAACUCUCUUCAUAACUGCCCCAUUUUGGGGGAAUUUAAAGCUACACAAAGCUACUCAGAAAGGAAAGCAAGGAUUUGAGGUCACACUUGGAAAUCAAAUUUAGAACCUCCCUCACAGAGGGUUACCGACUAACUGACUGUACUAAUCUUUGUUCCUAAUCUUUUACAUCAUUCAGGGUCAAUCGCCUUAGUUCCUUACCCAGAGGUUUGGGAACCGCCUCUGGUUUGGAAAUCUUGGAUUUAACUUAUAACAAUCUUCAAAAAGAAUCUCUACCAGGAAACUUUUCUGUUAUGAGUAAGUGAAAUAUGAAAUUGUACUACACUAAUAUUCAAGUGCCAUGAAAUAUUCCAAUUUCAUUGUUGGUAAAUAUAUUUUGCGAAAUUAGUGCUUAAAUGGGCCCUACUGUUCAAAGGAAACCGCAUCUAGUAAAAAAUUUUGCUGAUACUUUUUACUGAAAUUUCUGGUACAUCAGUUUUUUUUGAUCUAAUAAAUAUGCCAGAGAAAUUUCAGAGAAAUCCUUGGAGCAAAAUGCCGGCAACUAGGAAGUUAUUUUCAUUGUUUUGAUAGAUGGCACCAUUCUUUCUAGCUUAUGAAAAAAGUUAUUUUUGGUUAUUAUUAUUUUUAGAGCAGUUACGUGCACUGUAUCUUGGUGAUAAUGACUUUGAAACUUUGCCUGACGAGAUAGGAGAGCUUCGAAACCUUCAAGUGGUAAUGAUUUAUUAUUCCUACAAUGAUUGUUGCCUUAGAAGAUAACUGUUUCGUACAGCUACAUGUAAUACAGUCGUUCUCAAUAUUUGGUACAAAAGUUGGCAUUUAAUGGGAAUGUUUUUCAAAAACAGCACUUAAAGACCUUAGGGAUGGAAUGCACCAGGCAACAAGCUGCAGCAACAAGUCACGGCAACAAGUUGCAGCGACAAAUCACUUUGCGUGUACUGGAGAAUUUUUGAAAAAAUUUUUGUCCCCACAACAGAAUUUUGUCAUAGCAUCAAGUCGCACAGAAUCAAUCAGAUUGAAUUUGUGCAACAUUUUGCUGCAAGAGACAAAGGAUAAAACCCUCAGAGAUCUGUUUAAUUCAUUGUAUAUGGAAGGUGCCAAAUUUCAUAAUAUCAUUGCUAUAUUUCUUGUUCAAAUAUCUGCAAGUUUGCGAUGGGUGCAAAUCAAUUUAUGGUGUUAUUGGGUUAUUCUCUAAAAAGAGGUCAACAUUCUUUUUUUUAGUCAAUAAUAAUACAAAUUAUAUGCUGGGCACCCUAGAAUUUAUAGGUUCAGAGCUCUGGGCUCCAUUCAAUUUCCUUACAGCACAUCCUUGAUGAACUUUUGCUUUUAUUAUUAUAGUUGGUGCUCCGAGACAAUGAUCUUGUAGAAUUACCAAAAGCUCUUGGAAACCUUACACGGCUAAAGGAACUUCAUCUGCAAAACAACAGGCUCACAGCUCUUCCUCCUGAACUAGGUGAGUUUAUGACCUUACAUACAAACUAUUUUUCCUUUUCAUCUUAGCAGUAAGAGCAGGACCACAUACAGUGUACGUAGCUCAUUAUAUUCCCAAUACAUGCAAGUCUCAGUGGUCUGCCAUGUACCCACAGAACCUUUUUUAUUGACAUUUGAAGAUUCAAUUCCGUGAAGCCUCCAUUAUAUAAGCGACACCCUCAGGGUGACGGCAAGUGACUGCUUAAUGGAGGUUGCAGGCCACUCAGUAGAGGUUCAUUCUUCCCUGCACAAGGUCAGACUUAGGGGUUUGGUGUACCCACGCAGCAUCUUUGUUGACAUUAUAAUUUUGAAAACUCAAUACCUUUAAGCCUCAGUUAUUAAUUAAAGCGACACCCUCAGCAGUGAUUUUGUUACCUCUGCAUCCUGCGUCCCUGAUGCAUAAAAAUCCCCAACGACACAAAAUAAUUUAAUAGAUGCAUCCUGUUGAAUGCAGAGAUUGAUCGACAUGAAGAUGUUUUUUUUUUUAGAAAAUCCUCUAUGUGUGAUUUCUGUGGCUGUUAAUGUGGCUCUUGUUUAAUGAAGCAUAUUUAUUUUAGUCCCCACAUUAAUUUUUGUUGUUUAAAUAGAAGGACUAUAUUUUAAUUUCAGUAAAUGGGUAAAAGAGUUUUGGAGUCUGUCUUCAGAUUCAGUUAUCAUUUUAUUUAUUUUCCAAGUACUUGCGCUCUCCUUCUAUAAUGAUGUUUCUCAGCAAGUCGUUGUUUUUUGAACUGGGACUCAUAAUUUUUUGUAUGAUGAGUCCCUGAACUCACCAUAACUAUUUCUUACAAAAUCACUGUCUCAGGCUGAUUACAAGUGACUGCUUAAUGGAGGUUGGUUCGUCAGAAUUAUAAUUGCAUCACUUCACGGAUGGAUGAAUGGAUGAGUUAAACUUAGACUUUCUGUAAGUUAGAUCUGAAGGUGAAUAGGGAGAUUGCCUCAAAAAAGUGCCUUUAAAAGUAGAGCACAUAUGCCUGGCUUGGACUGGUAUAUAUUAAACUAAACUUGUGUCAUUGGUUUUGGUUUUGCAAAGGUGAGCUUGACAUGGCCAACCCUCGUCAUGUGUUCAGAGCUGAAGGAAAUGCAUGGUUACAACAGCUGGAAGACCAAAUUGUUUUAGGUCCAUCACAUGUGUUUGAGUACAUCAAGACAGAUGGAUACAAAAGGUUAGUUGACGAGGAAAGAUUCACUUCAUUUUUUAACAAUAUUCAUGUCAAUAAAACAGAGUAUUCUACAUGAUUAUGAUGGGAACACAGUACAGGAGAGGGGACACAUCAGGGGCACCCAACGCCAGUUUCCUCCAAAAUACAUUGAAAACACUUUUUAGGCUAUCUGGAGUACUUUUAGAUCUCUAGAAAUGUAUUCUAAGCAGUACUAUAAAAUUUGUAUCUGUUCGGUCAUCCUAGGGGAAAUUAAGUCUUUUCAAAAUUACAAGGGCUUCAGUAUUAUAUUAUUUUUCUGAAAAUUUUAGGCAAAAUUUAAUGCUUUAUAAAAUUGAGAAUUUUUCUGAUUUCACUGUGGCAUGCAAAUGUUUCUUCUUGCCAUGGCUCAUCACAGUCCAUUUUAGCACCAUUCUCACCGUUGUCUGUUUAUUUUCAGUUUGUAUGAGCGACACAUUGCAUCUGGUGUCACUCCUCCACCCAAAAAAGAAAAAGAGAAGACCAUGAAGAAGAGCCGAAAGAAGAGCUCUAUGAAGUAG